UCGAAUGUGCAUAAAAAGAAGAGGAGAAUAGAAUGGAGAGAAGAAAGACGACUCACGGAGUGUCGGCAGGCGUGGCUGCGACCAGAAGCACUGCGUCGAGAGAAGAGGAGGAGGCCGCGGGUGGUCGAUGAUGACGGGCGGAGUCGUUCUGGCGGUGGCGCUCGCGCUGCUGCUCUGUGGCGCGUCGGAGGCGUGGACCGGUGAGAUCCGCGGGAGGGUGGUGUGCGAUGUGUGCGGGGAUGCCUCCGUCGGACCCGAGGAUCACGUCUUACAAGGUGCUGAAGUGGCUGUUCUUUGCAUAACCAAGUCAGGUGACGUUUUGAAUUAUCAGGCCUUCACAAACUUGAAAGGCAUUUAUAAAGUGGCAGAGACGAUGCCUGAGAGUGAUCGCUGGGUGUCAUGCUUGGCAAGGCCUGUAAGUAGCUUCCAUGAACAUUGCACGCAAAGGGGAGAUGCUCACUCUGGAAUAAAAUUCUCUUAUAAUCGGCCAUCAGGACAUUCCCACACUGUCAAACCAUUCCUGUAUAAGCCUGCCUCGACCCCAUUGUAUUGCAGUUGAAUGAUAUGUUGUUUGCACAAGAACGUAAUGCUUCUAGUCAUGCAUGUCAUCUGGAAAGGGCAAUAAACCGAGGUGUAUAUAAAUUAUAACGUGAUAAUUGCUAAAUCAGUCAUUUGCAUUUCUUCGUUACGAUGUUGGUAACGCCAUUGCAUAGAUACCUUGAACAGCUGAAUCUGAAGAACAACCAGGUGAGAGCACUGAAUGCCAGCAAGCAGUUGUCCUUCUAGGUGGCUAUGUUCGGUUAAACGAAUUCUUGACACUGAUGUUAGGGAAGAUUUUAAAGGGGAAUUGUGGUCCUAGCUGUUUGAAGUUUAUGACUUUUACCGAUGUUAAUUCA